CUGGCGUUUUGUUUGGCUUUUUUCCCAAAGAAAGAACUCCGCUUGGCCUCAUUUAGUGACAGACUCCUUACAAUCUCUCAGUUGAAUGAUCCAUUCAGUACCUGCGGAGCUUCAGUCAAGUUUUCCUCAACUGGUAUGCGAGCUCAGGUUUGGUUAGUUUUCAUCCCGUUCCUUGUAAUUUUCUCAUCAUCAAAAGGAACUCCUGUUACCCGGUCACCCUCUAGAGUACCAAAUCCGACCGGAUCUUUAGAUAAACGAGGUAAGACCAAUUGCAUUGCUCUCGUUUAUAUUUGCUUUCCUAUAAGCUCAAAGCCUUUGUUUGGAUGAUAACUCAGUAAUUCUCUAUCCCAAUGUUGAGUGGUUGAACAAGUGCUCGUUAGACAAAAUUCUAUUUGUCUAGACCCUUCACAUCCGACAAGUUAUCAGAGUGUGUAACCUGCGGUCGCGCGAUUUCAACACUGUCCCACAAAAAGACGGUGACGGUGUGGCUACUGACAAAGUACAAUUUCUAUGGCAUUGAAAAGAACCAGAGUUUGUAUAAUGAUGCUAUUCUUUGCUAUUCCAUGAUGGAAGUGACGCAGAUGAUUUGUGUCACAUGCAAAACAGAAAACCUACCCUGCUCGCUUCGCAAACUUAGCGCGGGUUCUUUAGGACCGGCAUCAGUCGCUGAUGGAAAUCGUAAAAUGCUCGGUAAAAUUUCCGCACAGCAUACCGUAAAACAAAUCUGUUUUCCUGAUGGCAAUGUAUUGUUUUUGUCAUUGUUUUCUCUAUCCAAGAACUGAAUGCAUAAUGUAGUAUGGGGCUGUGAGGAAAUUUUACCAAAUGCUCUCUCUUCGAAUAAAUAAAAUAUUUCUUUAAAGUUUCCACGAUGUGCAGAUCGAACCUAUUUGAUAUUUCUGUAAGGAAAAGUCUUGAUUAAUUACGUGCCGGAGAUGCCACUGUGAAGUUAUUCUGAGAUGUUUAUCAUCCCCCUUAAUGUCACGGCAAGAAUAGAAAAUCAUAUCUUCGGAUCUACGGGGGAUAAUUUGUUGAUUCUAACGGUUACAUGCUCUCUCCUUAAAGAAAAAAAAAUUAUUGUAAGUUUUCAUGAUGCGCCGAUCACACGCUAAAGAUAUUUCUGUGAAGAAAAGCUUCGUUUUUUCACGCGCCAUCCUGAAAUGAUUGUGAGAUGUUAUCGUCUUCUGCAGCACUCCAAAACAAACAGUAAAUAGCGUCGGAAAUUGGUUGAAGAUCGGAUUUCUAUUGUUACCACUGAUCACUCGUUCACUCACUCGCUCUUCUCGACAACGUGUGUGGCUUCACCUCCUACACAGGAGGCAGUAGCCACAAAAAUAUCAGAUAGGGGAUGUUAUCUUGAUAAAGCAUAAAUCGGUGCAAGAACAUGAAUGGUACUCAGAGGGGAAAAUGACUAAUGGAUCUUUCAAUUUGUAGGGGUACACCAAUUAUCAGCUGCUUUUUGGCUCUUUGUCAGGCUGCUUCUCUCUAAGGCCCUGGUCGCACCUGGUCGCACUCUUUUUGUUUGUGUUAGUGAAAAAUUUGUCGACAAUUAGUGAAAAAUACUAUUCCGCUCGUCUAAUUUGGCGCGCGAUGGCAUGCGUUAAGGAAAAUCACUGCGUAGCGCUACUUCGACAAUCAAUAGGACUUUAUCUUUCCGAUUUCUUGCGUUUAUUUACGAUCCAUACAAUAUCCGAACUUUCUACAUUCAAACGAUCUCGAUCUUUCUGUUACAAAAUAGUGAUUCUAUUUAUCUGAUACAGAAUCACUAUUUUGUAACAGAAAGAUCGAGAUUGUUUGAAUCUAGAAAGUUCGGAUAUUGCAUGGAUCGUAAAUAAACUACGUAAAGCCAAGAUUGAGAUUAAUUACUCGUGAUUUACUAAAAUCCUAAGCUAUUUGUAGCGCUGUUGUUGUGUCUUCUGUUGUAAUUAUGUCCUCACACCUAAUAACCAGUAGAAUGCGGUUUUACUUCUUCCAAUCAAAGUGCGUUGUGAUCUGUCUUCUGCGUGUCACUUCUCAACUAGGGGAGAAAAGCAAGGCAAAAUUGUUAGAAGACCGUAAAGAUUUCCUCGCUCGAAGUUUGAGAACUUCAAAAGAGGUAAAUUCUGUAAAAAUUCAUCCUUUAAGUGGAAUAUAUCCUACUGACUUGCCGUAGCCAUCUUUACUCCGAUUUUCCAAUUUGAUCAGUGAAUUCUAGAAAAACGGGUUAAAUUCUGUGAAAUUCAUCCUUUAUGUAAUCCUUGGAUUAUAUCCUUCUGACUUGCCAUAACUAUCUUUACCACGAUUUUCGAUUUGAUCACUAGGUGAAUUUGUCAUAAAGAGGUAAAUUAUGACAAAACACCCGCAAGAGCAAUACAUCCUUCAGUGAUUUAUAAACAGUACUAAAAAAAGAACAUAAAACAAUAACAACAACAACAAAUACAUUGUUUACAUUGACAAUCCAUAGUUUAGGAACCCAUGUGUUAUAUCUUUAACAGCGACAUCCAAUGUUCAACAUCAAAUUCCAUUCGUCUGUUAUUACAAGAGAACUGAUUUUAUUUAAACGCAGGAGACUUUGAGGGUGUCCUAGGAUAAAAUAGACCGACGAACUGUGGUUGCUGAUUAUUCACCCCUGCGUCUCGGUCGGUGGUUUUUGUUUAGGUGAUCGAAAGAGAGGAUGGAAAGCGAGCAUGGCUCAGGGGAUACCGUACUGACUUUCAUGUUAUGUACGUGCUCAUAAGUUUCACGUGAAGAAUUUGGUUUUCAAAUAUCAUUGUCUUUCUGAUCAGCUUGAUUCCACAGAGCGCCCUGUGACAGUAUGAAACCACAGGCGGCCCCAGCAAGUACACGAGAAAAGGGUUUUUCUCGUGUACGUAGAAAACCUCGAAAUAUGGGUUCCCUUCAACGUAGUAAGCAGUCAGAUAACAAGCAAUGCACUGUGGAAGUAGGGUGAUGUUUUUUUUUUUGAGAAUUUUACUUAUUUUUUAUUCCUUAGAGCGGUCGUAAUCCUCAUAAUUUCUCCAUGACUGUUAUUUCGUAAGAUUAUUAUCCCACAGCUGGAGCUUGGGCUGCCUGUGUAUGAAAUAUGCGGCCAGCUGUAACAGCUAAAAUCAGCGGAACCGCAAUAAAAUCACAAUCUACUACUUCAACUUUUUUUCUAACGGAGGGUUCAGUACGAUACAGCAAAAACCUAGAAUAUUCUUAUUAAACAACUGAAGGCCAAACUUCUGUGAAUGACGCAGACAAAUAAUCACAACUGUGACCUCUCAGUCAAUCUCACCUCCGGCAGAUCAGGAUGAAGCGUCAAAAAUAUAUAAUUUUAUGUCGACGAACCAUACUAUAUGAUCUUCAACUAUUAAAGAAAAUAAAACAAUCGUGAUAUGACGCCCCAUUGUGCUUUUGUCUUAGCUUGUGGGUAAAACGUUGUCAUUGGAGUCGCAAGUCGAGCAAUGAAGACUGUAAAUAAAGCAAGACUGCAAAUAAAGCGUGAACAAUGCUUUGUUCGAAAAUCGCUUUGUUAUUUACGCGGCAAGUUCUUCUUUCACGUUUGGGUUAUAACAACGAUGCGAUCACACGGUGUUAACGAAGAAACGAUAGAACCUCAAGGGAAGUAAUGUGUGUGAGAGAGGCCAAUGAUCUGCGGAUAGCAAGUUUUCCUGAAAUCGGCAAGAGGUUGUUCAUCCGUUGUUACCGGAAAAUACUGGUCAAAUUUUUUACUUAUCCCGACCCCCUUCAAUGAGUACUUUUGCUUGAAGACAGAACUACAACGGAGUCUCUCCGAAUAUUCUUGCUACAAGACUGCAAUAACCGUGCUACGCUCAAUUAUAUACACCUAAAUCUUAAGUAACUCAACUGUCAACAAACCGCUUAAUUACUAAAUUAGAAAGUAAAAUGUCACACCUAUGCUUACAAAGAUUGUUUCGAGGGAAACGAGGUGUUUGAGAGCGAAUUUGGGUGGAGUGGGCGGGCGCGCUUAUUAAAUAGCACAGCAGCAGGACAAAAAUUAAAACAACAGAUAACUCACAAAGAAAACUCUGCUAGCACAUGGAGAUAGAAAUGAGUGGAAUCAGGAGCCCAUUACUUUGAGCUCCUGCUGGAAUGGAAGAGAAAGAAAUCUUCUGUGCCAAGAGAAUAUCAUUCGAUAUUCUCUUGCCUUCACUGAUUCCGCUGUCGUUGAAGCCUAAAAAAAGUUUGGAUAUUUGAAGCCUUUUUUCAGCUCUGUAAUAGUUGGCGCAAUGCAUUUCCAUAUAAGAUGACUCUGAAUUAGAGCUAAUAACAGACGUUGAGUGAACCAAUCAGAGCUCUAGAAAUGCAAUAUGCAAUGCAAAAAAUGAUUUUCGGAGUUUGCAUAGCCAGUUAAAACGCUCCUUCAUCGCCAUCCAAUGUUUUAGUAAUGCUAAAUAAUAUUAUCUGGAACAGUUUCAAUUUUCCUCCAUAUUUUUUACAGAGGCAUGCAAAUUCGACUUUGAAAAUGGGCUCCAUGGCUGGGAAAAGACUGGUACAGCUUUCAAUAACCAGCCGACAUACGGUGACAACCCUACAGCUCGGAAUCGGGGACAACCUGCCAAACAGCAAGGGGAUUGGUGGAUUGGGGGUGCCGAAGACAGACCAUCAAUUAUGUCAAAGGCAGGACUACUGCAAGGAGACAGACCACAGGGAACCAUCACUUCGCCUCCCUUUGAAAUUAUGGGCAGUCUCAUUGCAUUUCUUAUCGGUGGAGGCUGUGAUAUAAACUCUGUUCGCGCUGAAUUGAUUGUCAAUAACAAGGUAAGAAUCAUGAAUGUAAAAACUUUCGAAUGAGUAAAACUAAAGAGAAAGAAGGAAUUAGGAAAAAUUUUGAGAGAAAAGAGGUUGUGGGCGUUAGUCACCGUGAUAUGAAAAAGUGCAACGAGAACGUACUAUAAAUAAUGGUAAUGAUAGCGAGUGGAGUUUAAUUCGGUCUGUAAACAUACCCGUGAUUAAGAAAAUCGGACGACUGCGAAGAGGGAUUCUGAUUUGUCAAUCACGAGUAUGAUUACAGACAGAAUUGGACGACACGAAGUCCUGUUACCAAAUAAUCAUAACCCUUACAAUUUCCCCAAAAAAGGAAAGACAAAUACAUUUAGGACAAACAUCUCCGGAAGAGAUCAUGUCCAGAGUAAAAAUAUCAUCUAUUUUGAAAAUUCUCUAGUUUUUAUUUUAUUUUAGGAUAAGUGGUUGUUGGGAUGGUUAUUGUGAUCAAUUCUGUGAUUGUUGGUUUUAGCUGAGUGGACUUAGUACGAUUGGCUGCUUCAACUGUCCGAUUACAGGUGUCCGUGUUAAAAGGUUUUUCUAACAUUCUUUGUUCAGUUGAUACUUCUGUAUUUCCUUUCUUAAAAACCCAAUACAACGUGCUAGCUCAGGGACUAACUCUACUCUCUCAAGGAAACUGUUGGUCUCUAGCUUAUAAAGGUGACAGUUAUUCAGCUGUCAAUAUUUGACCAACGCCAUUAUUUCUCUCCUAGCUAGUGAAUCAUGUUAAGUUACGUGAAACAGAUCCCGCAUACUAAGUUUGUACCUUCAGUUUGUUGACUCUUUCCAAAACGACUUUUUACCUAAAAUUUCAUACUUUUGCGGUUAAGAUCGGGAAAAACAAAAGCAAGAUUGAUAUUAUGAAAAUUAUAAAGGACCCAUUGCAUAGAUUAGAAUUACACUUAAAAAGAUAACUAAAGAGAAAAUAGCCCUCAAAGUUUUUUACAUAACAACAGAAAAACAGAGAAUUCGAGUAAGGAAGAGCGUACCCUAAGCCCCCAAAAGAACAACCAGCCGUUCAUGCAAGUUAACUGAUUAUAAAUUCAGUGCGGGAGAUGAAAAGUACAAGUUGUUCACGCCUUUCGUCACCUUACAGAAAGAGGUGUUGAACGUGCUAAAUUAAAAAAUUAACAUGAAAUUAAUCUGGAAACGAGCCUGAAAAGAAUCGGAAGUGUAAGAAGGAGGAAUUUCUAGUAACCGAUCAAAUUACUCUCUUAUUCAUCAAGUGGAUUAUCAUAAAUGAAAUACGUCUUAUAAUUACCGAAAGAUAAUUGAUAUAUUACCGCAAACUCCAAUUACUGUAGAGAGUGAACAUCUGCUUUCAUGUCAAACUCGCGAUGGGAGAAUAUAUAUGCCAUAAUCAAACGGCUUAAUGCAAAUUUUUGUGAGGUUAAAUGAAUUUUUUUCUCCCAGAAAGAAACAAUAUAACAGUUACUCUACUAACAAAGUAAGACCGCCAUCGAAAUAGGAAAUUAUCAACUGCUUACAAUAUUUUUUAACUGAAUACCUUAUGCUUAUACGCACAUUCCCAACACCAAGAUAAGAAAGCUCUUAUAAUGCUUCCAAAUAAGAUAUGUUUUAAUUUUUUCGUUUAACAUCUGAUUGCAGCCGACUGGCCAAUUACAACUGUAAAAAAGUAUUAGUGAAAAAUAAAGCAGCUAAUGCACCAAUCACAUUUGAGGAAAUGGUAAUGGUUAUGAUUAAAAACUAGUAGGCCUCCAUCGGUCAGGGUCGACCAUGGGUAUAGCAUCCUAAUUGUGUGUUUGGCUGGAGCAUCUGCGGCUAUGACUGUGAAGGCCAAUGCGUGAAUGGCAGUCCCUGCCGCAAGUGCUGCACGUGUAUGCUGUUUGUUGGACGUUGCUGAUACGAAGUUUUCUGCGGGUCCGCCUCCUUGUGGCAGCUUGUGUCAGCUUCUCUUCUCCUGUUUUGAGGUGCCUUGUAACGGCUCCUCUCCAUUGUGACCGAUCAGCUGCGAGAUUUUCCCAGGUCUCUGUGUCAAUUCCUACAGCCUUCAUGUCACGCUUCAAAGCAUCUCGGUAUCGCAGCUGUGGGCGUCCUCUGCGUCUACUUCCAGUGGCUAGCUCACCAUACAGUAAGUCUUUGGGGAUGCGGCCGUCUGGCAUGCGAUGAACGUGGCCCAGCCAGCGGAGUCUACGUUGCCUGAGUAAGGUUGACAUGCUUGGCAGGCCCGCACGAGACAAGACCUCUGUGUUUGGGACUUUGUCUUGCCACGAAAUUCCCAGGAUGCGGCGGAGGCUUCUCAUGUGGAAGGUGUUCAGGCGUUUUUCUUGUCUGGCGUACAUCGUCCAUGUCUCGCUGCCGUAUAGCAGUGUACUGAUGACACAAGCGCUGUAUACUGCCAUCUUGGUCUUCUCUGUGAGCAUGGGGUUGGACCACACACGUGUAGUGAGGCGUGCAAGUGUGGCAGCCGCCUUUCCAAUUCUCUGGUCGAGCUCGAAGUCUAAGGAGAGAUUGUCAGUGACAGUGGAGCCUAGAUACGUAAAAUGAUGGACCACUUCGAGCUCGUAAUCGUCGAUGGUAACGGAUGGUGGUGUUUCUGUUCCUUGUUCCAGGACUUUAGUCUUUUUCAGGCUGAUGGUAAGCCCAAAGUCUUUGCAGGCCUGAGAGAAAUGGUCCAUGAGUGACUGAAGUGCUUGCUGAGUAUGGCAGGCUACUGCUGCAUCGUCAGCAAAUAGCAUGUCUCUUAUCAGGGCUUCACGCACUUUGGUCUUUGCUCGGAGACGGGCAAGAUUGAAAAGCCUGCCAUCUGAUCUUGUAUGCAGGUAGAUCCCUUCUUUCGAUGCGCCAAAUGCAUGUUUCAGAAGGAAGGCAAAGAAGAUUCCGAAAAGGGUUGGGGCAAGUACGCAGCCCUGUUUGACACCGCUGUUGAUGUUGAAUGACUCAGAGGUUCUGCCGUUGAACUGCACAGUCCCCUGCAUGUUGGCAUGGAAGGACUCAAUCAGGCUGUGUAGUUUAGGGGGGCAGCCAAUUUUAGAUAGAAUUCUGAAGAGACCCUCUCUGCUUACAAGAUCAAACGCCUUGGUCAGAUCGAUGAAGGCAAUGUACAAAGGCAUCUGCUGCUCUCUGCAUUUCUCCUGAAGCUGGCGGAGGGAGAAUACCAUGUCUAUCGUUGAUCUUUCUGCUCGAAAGCCGCACUGUGACUCUGGAUAGAUACGUUCAGCCAGUUUCUGAAGUCUUACCAAAAUAACCCGAGCAAAGACUUUGCCCACAACGCUGAGUAAGGAGAUGCCCCUGUAGUUGUUGCAGUCACUGCGAUCUCCCUUGUUUUUGUAGAGGGUAACGAUCUUAGCAUCCCUCAUGUCUUGUGGUACGGCCCCUUCUUUCCAGCACGCACAUAGGACAUUAUGUAAGGCUGUAAUAGUGUAGUCUUGCAGUGUUUGAUCAGGUCAGGGGGAUCCUGUCACUGCCUGGAGCUUUCCUUGAGGCCAAGCUGUUGAUAGCCUUGCUGAGUUCGCCAUUAGUGGGUUCGUUGUCAAGCUCUUCCAUUACAGGUAAGCAUUUUAUGGCAUCAAGGGCUGAUGAUGUUACUACAUUCUGUCUUGAAUAGAGAUCAGAGUAGUGUUCCACCCAUCUCUCCAUCUGUUGUCCCUUGUCUGUGAUGGCUUCCCCUGAGGUGGAUUUAAGGGGAGCUGUCUUGUUCUGGAUUGGACCUAUUGAUGUUUUGAUGCCUUCAUACAUCCCUCUUAUGUUCCCAGUAAUUGCUGCAGUCUGGAUGGCUUCGCUGAGUUCGGUCCAGUAGUCGUUGGCACAGCGUCUUGCAGUGUGUUUGACUUUGUUCCUUAUAGCUCGGAGAAUCUGAAGAUUUUUCUCGCUGGGUAAUCGCUUGUAUUCCGUUAGAGCGGCACGCUUUGCUUCUAUGAUGGGGGUCAUCACAGCGGAUUUAGCUUUGAACCAGUCAUGCGAUUUCGAGGUACUUUUUCCAAAGGUGGCCAAGGCAGUGCGGUGCAUUGUAUCCCGUAAGGUGGUCCACUUCUCAGUUGCGGAGUCCCCUGACUGUAAUGUUGCUAGAUGAUUCUCAAAUCUCUCAGCAAAUUGCUCUUUAAGAUCAGGCUGGCUCAACUUAGUGACAUCAAUACGAGGGCUCCCUUUCUUCUUGCCACGGUGGAACCUUUUCGGAUGGAGCCUGACCUUGCAACACACCAAGGAGUGGUCUGUGUCACAGUCCGCGCUGUGGUAAGAGCGUGUGUGGAGGACGUUCUUAAUAGCGGUUCGUCUGACAAGGAUAAGGUCCAGCUGAUGCCACUGCUUUGAGCGCGGGUGUCUCCAAGAGACCUUGUGCUGAGGUUUGGUCUUGAAGAAAGAGUUGGCUAUGCAGAGUUUGUGAUAGGUGCAUAGCUCGAGCAGUCUCUGGCCAUUGUCGUUCAUCUUGCCUAUGCCAAACUUUCCAAGGCAAGAAGGCCAUGAUCUUUGAUCAGCUCCUACUCUGGCGUUGAAGUCGCCCAGAAGGAUAAGUUGUUCUUUGUUUGGGAUGUUGCUGAUCGUGGCUGUGAGCUGAUCAUAAAACUCGUCUUUAAUUUCAGGUGUAGCAGAGAGUGUUGGAGCAUACACGCUGACGAGAGUUACAGGGCCUGCCGUGGUGUUCAGGCAGAGGGUGAGGAGUCGCUCUGAGCCGCUGUUGCCUGGCUUUACCAUGUUCAGCAGGUUGUUCUUCACUGCAAAGCCCACCCCAUGUUGACGCGGUACAUUGGGGCUUUUCCCCUGCCAGAAGAAGGUGUAGUCUUUCUCCUUCAGUCUUCCAGAGUCUGCAAGUCGUGUUUCUUGUAAGGUGGCAAUGUCCACGUUAAGCCUCCUAAGUUCGUCGUUAAUGAUGGCUGUUUUCCUGGAGUCGCUGACGUCCUGAAGGUCUUCUGAGAGGCCCGUCAGCAUUGUUCUAACGUUCCAGCAGCCUAGUUUCAGGACUGGUUUCUUUUGAUGAUUUUUGUUAUUGCCUGGUGCAAAGUUUGCAGUCUGCCUGUUGGAUAUCUCCUAAUCUCCAUGCACCCAAUGAAGAAAGCAAACCGUGGCGGGACAGCACCUUAUUGGCUGGGGGCUGCCCAGCUUGAGGCGGGCGGUAGCUGUCCAGUGGGAUUCGAAGAUCCCUCCCACCGACGAGAACGACCCCUGGCGCUUCACUCUACGCCAAUCGAGCAGUAGCUUAUCACCGGUAAACUGCCAUUCUCCGUGUUGUGUCUACGUCAUGGGCGUAGCUGGAGUGUCCUCUCCAGGUGUAGUGCGAGGUGUGUUGGUGUGUAGUGUAGGCGGAUGCUAGCCUGGGCAGUGUUUUAUGGAGAACAAGCUGUUGCCCAUGUGACAUGUUCCCCUCUCCACGUCACUGAUGGGGCCAAAGGAACAACAAGGUCGUUACAAUUUGGGACCAGUGCCGUCGCAGGAGCUGCCAGCACGGGUUGAAUUCAACUUCGAGCUGCCUUAGGGACUCCAACUCCGGAUUUUUCCUCGAGGUUUACUCCUGAAGCCUUUUCCAUGUGUGGAUAUAGCCGCAAGGCAGCAGAGGUUUGGGAUAAGGGUUUUCCUUCCCCUAGGUAAACUGCCUUUCCAGGCUAGCGAGCUCUACCUGCCCUGUGCUGUAACCCUAGCAGGGGUGGCUGCGGGGCUGUAAACACUUGCCAAAGGUGUCACCCCAGACUCUGGUGGGCGGGGUCGUCCAUGUCCCCGUGGUAGGCUGAGGUCCAACCUGUCCUACCCCAGUGCCCAGAAGGAGGGCGGAGGAGACGGAGGAGAUAGCGAACGCUUUUAUAGAAACUAGAAACGUCUGUAUCAAUCUUGAGUUAAAAAGAGACAUCUUUACAAUCUAUCCACGAUGCACAGCCCUAGAGGGUUCCUUUUACAAAUCUGUUAUUUUCUCAAGUCUCAUUUCCGGCCCUGUGACCGCGAGCUUUGGUAUUCCAGCUGGUAAAUCACUUUAUCCUUUGAAAAAAUUAAAUUAAACCUUGCGCCACUAAGACGUUGAUUUAUGGCUGUUGACGCUCUGUCAAAUCUCUUUUAUAGUGCGGUGCGUCCCAUGCACCUUACUGAGUGAGGAUUGCUUCACUGUUUAUACUGCUCCAUGGAUAAUUUUUUUUUUGCUUUAUUACUGGAUAUACAUGUCACAUAGAUUCCUCAUGGCGAGAGAGCCAUGAAAUUUUUUUUUUACCUCACUCUCUUUACGAGACAGAUCUUCUCUCAAUUUUUAUUUCUUCUGGCUUCUUUGCUUAUUUUCCCGCUCUAACUAUACUAAUGCUUGUUCGCCAAAUGAACUAUUUGAAAGAUGUAGAAAAUUAAUCACAAUUCCUUUUUUUCCUGAGUGACUCUUGAGAUUACAUAUUCUCUCAGUUGUUUUGAUACUCCUUCGCUCGCUUUUUAGGUUGUGCGAAGAACAGCCGGUAAGUGCCAUGAAACAAUGACCCGUCAAUUCUGGUAUGUUCGAGACUUUAUUGGUCAACGUGCUCAAGUCAAAUUGGUUGACUUCAGCUCUCGUGGAUGGGGUCACAUCAACUUUGACGAUCUUGAAGGCGACAUAACCUGCUCAAACCUGGAAAACACUGGUAUUUAUUUAGCUUAGGAGGUUUAAAAUUCUAAGGUGAAUAUUAUAGGAUCAACCUGUGACAAUUUUCAAGAAAACUUUUCUGGUAUAAAUCCAUCUUGGAACUAGCUGGAGAAGUAAACUGUUUGGAUCGGCUUUCAUGAACGAUGAAAACUGACUGAGUCAGGUAUCCACGGAUGAUAUGUAGUUAUUGACAGAAUGAGAGGGCUGCACGGGAAAACAUUUGCCUGGGUGCACUUGGUCUGUUUGUCACAACCGAGAACCAAAUAAGUGUUAAUCAUAUGAACAGUAAGUCUUGAAAAUUUUGAGAUUAUGUUUGAACUUAAAUAAGACGCGAUUUCAAACAGAAGAACGACGAGCGCUAAAAAGCAUUCUAAAACGAAAGCUUUUUCCUUUAUUUCCCCUAGUCAGAACAAGAAACUCACUCUUUAACAAAAUACUCAACUUUUUCUUUCAUUUCUGUUUUAUUUUAAGUCUUUGAAAUUGGGCCGUGCAGGUGCGGGGUCGGACGGCUUUUCUGGACCGGCUUAGGUCAGCCCGUCCGGCCUUUCAUAAAUCAGGUUUAACUAUACGGUUUUCUACAGGAUUGCGUGGGCUGGGCUUUACGACCGAUAUCUUAAAAACCGAUAUCUCUAAAGAAAGCUGUGUGUUCGACUUCGAAGAAGGUAUUGACGGCUGGCAUAGAACCGGUUCAGCGUUUGACAGCCAGCCGACAUACGGUGACAACCCGACAGCUCGUAGGAGAGGACAGCAUGCCAAUCAACAAGGGAACUGGUGGAUUGGAGGAUACGAGAGGCGGCCUUCAAAAUCGGCUCCUGCAGGAUACGGACAAGGAGACGGGCUACAAGGGACUCUUAAGACUCCAUCAUUCAUCAUCGGGGGAAAAUACAUUACAUUCUUGAUCGGUGGAGGUUGUAACAUCAAUUCCGUUCGUGCUGAACUGAUCAUUGAUUAUGAGGUAUAAUUAACUAAAGAUCAUUCACUGAAUCAUCUUGGUGUUAAUGAAAGUUACUUAAAACGUUUAUUUGCUAUCGAUUUUUGUGACGGAAGGGAUUCAGUACUUGACUUCAAGCUUUACUCAGGUUUAGAGUAAUAUUUUAAGGAACUCGUUCAAGGGCGCAUGUCAGUGGAAGAAACAAUUGAAACUCGCAAAAUACAUCGUUGUUCUGUUUCAGGUUGUCAGAAAAGCGACCGGGGAGUGCCACGAGACAAUGACCCGUAAAUUCUGGGAAGUUGGAGAUUUCAUUGGCCGAACUGCGCAAGUCAAACUGGUGGACUUUAGCUCUGGAAGCUGGGGUCACAUCAACUUUGAUGAUCUGAGAGGCGACAUUACCUGUUCAGCCCCUGAAAACACUGGUACUUAUAAUUCUGUUGGGUUUAAAUCAUUUAAACUUCGUUAUCCUAUGUGUGUCUAUCGUGUGGCCACGCAGACCUCUAGACAAUAUGAAUGGUUAGACUAGAAUCGGCUUGAAAUGAUGUACGAGGUUGGAGAUACUCUAUGCAUUUUCUUGGUUGAGGUGAAACCUCUGCGUCACAGGAGACAUGCGGCAUUGAUGUCUUGCAUAUAUCGGAGACUAAUUACAAAGUUACAUAUGCAAAGGUAAAAAUUUCUCGUGAACCGAACUCCGUUGGUUUUAUAAAAUUAGUCUCUUCUAGUUGUUAGGAGCGUCAAAGAGUAUUAAACUCAAUUUAACACAAAAGUCAAUUGAGUAAUAACGGUAGGGAAUGUUGUUCUUUUGGUUCAUUACACAGAUAUUCUUGACAAAGCAUUAUGCAGCUUUGACUUUGAAGAAGGACUUGAUGGCUGGGUUAGGACUGGUACAGCAUUUGACAACCAGCCGACCUACGGUGAUAACCCUACAGCUCGGAACCAAAGACAACCUGCCAACCAACACGGGGACUGGUGGAUUGGAGGAUACGAGGACCGACCAUCGAAGUGGGCCACAGCAGGACGAAGCCAGUUGGAUGCACCACAGGGAACUCUUACGUCUCCAACAUUUGACAUACAGGGAAAUUAUAUUUCGUUUCUGAUCGGUGGAGGCUGUGACGUAGACGCCAUUCGUGCUGAGUUAGUAGUCGAUGACAGAGUGAGUAAGACACUGAAUUUGGUUAAGGUGGGGUUUACCUUGCAGGAAUUGACAAAAAAAAGGCUGGUGAGCCCAAGUUAGACGGCCAGAUACCAUAGUGGAGACAUUUUCCUCCAAUCAUAGACAGAGUCGGGCGAGAGAAUUCUGUUCAUCAAUAGUUCUUUAAGCUGCUUAAGAAAUUCACAUCCCAUGAUAAAUUCGACAACACCAGCAACUCUUUCUAGUUCAAAUGUGUGCAAGGAAUCCUUGCAGUUAAAAAUAGUUACGUAUGCGUUAUUGAUCAAGCGUGAGGUCAAGAUUGCUAGAUAUUGCCGAGUUCUUUGUUUCUGUGUGUUUUUAUGGAUUGAGACGAAGUCAAGGUCCAUAAAAACCCAAAACAAGAACUCGGCCAAUAUCCAGCCAUCUUGACCUAACAAGCAUGGUCAAUAAAGGAUUUACAAUGUAGCAAAAAGAUUUCGCAAAAUGGGUAGCUAAUGAAAACACAGCCAUCUACCAUCUUGGAUGCCGAUCCAGCCAUAUCCUUAGUUCAUUUGUACCACUUGGUGAAUAAUUCUCUACUCUGAUCGGCUGAGUGUGUGCCAUAAUGCCCCUGUAUACUACUAAUGUUAGCAAAUAUAUUGCAAAGUUUAAAAAGCUGUGCCUUCCUCUUUAUGUUUUUUCCUUAGCUGAGAGAAUCACACCAAAAAUACUUUAUCUCUUUCAGGUUGUCAGGAAUGCAACUGGUAAUUGCCACGAGACAAUGACACGAAAAUUCUGGUAUGUUGGAGAUCUUCUCGGUCAUUUUGCACAAGUGCGUCUGGUCGAUUUUAGCUCUGAAGGCUGGGGUCACAUCAACUUUGACGAUAUGAAGGGCGACAUAAUUUGCACGGGCUCUAAUGAGGACAUUGACACUUUCCUUUAAGUUUUCGAUUAGAAAAUGAAAAACAGUCAGAGUAUUCCAUAAAACGUUAUAUGAUAAAUGGAUUAAGUUCAAGCAAUCAAAGUAAAAAGCUUUAUUUUCACCUCUUUAGUUCUGUUUGUAAACUUGCUUGUUUUUUUCCUUAGUAUUUCUCUAUUAGACAAUGUAUCAGGGUCGUAAAUGUACUGGACUCCGCUGCACUAUUACUGAGCUCAAAGCGGGGACGCCAUGUUGGUGCCCAUCCAAGUGGCCUCAACAUGGCGGUCAUGAAGUAACGUAAUCAUUUGUUACCUUUUUUGGCCCCUAAAGUUAUUAGUUAUCCACCGUGGAUAAAAGCACAUAGCAAUCAUUCAGCGAUCAUAGCGACUGUGAAGUACCGUAAUAAUUUGUUGUCUAUUUUGGCCUCUCAAGUAAUUAGUUACCAUCGUGGAUAAUGUUGCACAUAGCAACCAUUGCUUCGAUCGCAGUUGUAGAUUUUGAGUGAACCAGACAAAAGUCCUUUAAAUGAACCAGUUCUGAUAUCAAGACAGCAUAUCCAACAUAAGUUAUCUUUAUUCACUUUAUGUACUACAGUAGUAUUAACGUGGAAAUUGUGUAAUUGAGAACAAUAUAAAAAAAAUGACUUUUUAGACAAGCACUG